CUUAUACCGUUUCGUAUGCCCUUAGAUAAUUAAGUAAUUACGAAGCAACGUGAGCGAGCCUUGCUAAAACGCAUACCGGUAGCUUUUUAUCCCUCUACUGCACCCCGAUUUCAGGAUACGCGUCUACCUUGCGAAAAUACCCCUGCCUACCUACGAGGGCGAACGAGACACCAUGCCUGCCCCGGGCCCCCUCGUCAUCGCGACGCAGUCCGUGCAGCGGCUCGUGAAGGAGGAUGGCUACUACCGCAAGGAACUCGCCCAGCAAUCCGAGCGCGUCGAGAAGCUCGAAGCCGAGCUCAAGGAAUCUACCGACGGCAACGCUAGCUUCGUGCUUAAGCAGGAGCAAAAAGCCCUGGAAGAAACCAAGGCCGUCUUCGCCCCCUUGAGAAAGCGCAUAGUCGAGGCGGUCCAGCGCCUGGAAGAGCAGAUCGCUGCCGCCGAGAGCGAGGGGGCGCCGCCCGACGAGAUCAAGGCCGCGAAGGACUCCCUGGAGCUGGGGAAGGGCGUAGAAGCGCCGGCUACCUGAGAUAACGAAUGCCAUGGGCAACUGGGGAGGUGGUUGACGGCGGGCACAUGUGCUGCUGUGGGGCGUCCCGGAGGCAGGUGUAGGACGUCGCCAAAGGACGAGGAAUUAAUGCGAUGAUACCGUAUUUACUACUGGGAAGCAAACACCGGAAGAAUAAUACCCUUACAUACACCACUCCGCCUCUACCU